GACAAAAUGGCAGAAAAACACGAUACAGAAUCAGUCGAUGCGCCGUAUUAUCUGGAGAAAGUGUCCAUUCCAGACGACUCGGAAGAUGGAUUUGAGUACGAAGAGAUCAGUGUUGAGGAGGAGAGUGUGCUCGACGAUGAAGAUUUGGAAGCUGCCGCUGAAAUCCUGCGCACCCGCACUAGUGACUCUGGGUUUGCGCCAGAGCGGCUGCCGUCCUCAUCCCAAAAUCUCAGGAGCCCCGUCCCUGAAGUGGUGGACGAUUUUCUGCGCAACUUCCUUGCAAAAAUGGGUAUGACCAGAACAUUAGGCUGCUUCCAGACCGAAUGGUUCGAGAUGCUUCACAAAGGCAUGCUCAAAACAACCCAGGUGGGAUUCGUGCCCGACAUCUACACACACAACCAGCAGCUGGACACUGAGCUGAAAAACGUCCAAAGUGAGAGAGACAGCUACAAGCAGGCUGCCUUUCAAGCUGGAGAGACAAUUGUGAAGCUUCAGAAGGAACGAGACUUCCACCGGCUGCAGCAUAAGCGUGUGGUUCAAGAGAAAAACAAGCUGGUUGAGGAAAUCCGAAGGCUAAAGAAGCACUAUGAGGGUUAUGGACCCGCAUUGAAACAGCUGAACGAGAAGUACCAGACAGCUCUCAGGCAAAAGAUGUUGGUUAGUAUUGAGAAAGACAGAGUCUCCAGUCAGUUUCAUACCCUAGAGAGUGCACUGUGUAAUGCACGCUCUACCCCAGGUACCCAGAAGUUUGUGAAAGAAAAUGAGUUUCACAAUGGGCGCAGUCCAGAGCGAGGUACCAAACCAUCAGCUGAUGAUGCGAUGACUUAUGAUCCUGCCAAAGAUCCAACCAAAAGCACUGGUACCCAACAUUCAAAAGAUUCAGAGUUCCCAGCUAGUACACGGGUAAAUCCCUUCCUGCCUCAAAUAAAAGCCUUAUCAACUCAAAGUACAACAAUAUUUGAAUUUGUAGUGACCAAGUCUAUCCAGGCCCACACUAUGGCUGUGAGUGAUCUUGCUCUUCAUCCACGCAAACUGCUCGUAGCUUCUGCAAGUGAUGAUAACCUCUGGAGGCUUUGGGGGAUGAGAGAAGGGGAGAUGCUCAUGACUGGUGAGGGUCAUACUGACUGGCUGUCUUCCUGUAGCUUCCACCCCAGUGGACAGUGUCUGGCCACCACCAGCGGAGACACCACAGUGAAAAUCUGGGACUUUGCAAAAUCCUGCUGCGUUCUGACCCUGGAGGGCCACACCCACGCCACCUGGGGUUGUUCCUUCCACUCCUGCGGGGACUUUGUAGCCUCUUGUUCCAUGGACAACACAGCCAAAGUGUGGGACCUAAACAGUGAGCGCUGUCGCUGUACGCUGCGCGGCCACACCGACGCAGUUAACAGUAUUAGCUUUGUGCCCUUCUCUAACAUUCUGCUCACCUGCUCUGCUGAUAAAACCAUUUCUUUGUGGGAUGCUCGUACCGGACUCUGUGCUCAGACAUUCUAUGGACACAGGCAUUCGUGCAACAGUGCAAUCUUUAACUCCAUGGGAGACAUUGUUGCUUCCUGUGAUUCCUACGGCAUUGUAAAAUUAUGGGAUGUAAGGAACAUAUCAGCCCUGAUUACGGUAGACAACGGACCACACCCAAGCAACCAAGUGGCCUUUAGUCCAAAUGGACAGGUGCUAGCAAUCGCAAGUAACGAUCAUGAGGUGAAGCUGGUGGAGGUUGCAACCUCAUACAUGUCCAGUCUUUUAGGACAUAACGAUGCUGUUCAGAGCGUCAUAUUUGACCAUAAAGGAGAACACCUAUUAUCUGCUGGAUAUGAUGGUGAAAUUCUAAUCUGGUCAUAAUACUACAAAGUAAUAUUGUAAGGUUCUGUAAUAUAAGUAGGUUCAUGAAACAUAUAUAAUCUAAAAAUAUUGUGUGCGGUCUAAGGAAUGUACUAAUGUCU